AUGUUCUGUGAGCUAUCUUCAAACUCGUAUACGAUGGUCACCGGGCAGGAGAUGGAAUACGUUGAGGAGACGGUUCACAAGGAUGCCCUGUUGUCGUCAGGGCCGGAUGUGUUGGAGCUCGAUGAAAGGCUAUGGAGCCAGCUCGACUACGCUGAAGACGAGCGUGUCAUCGUUCGGUCGGACUCUAGCAGCGUGCAGGAGCUUCCGUGGGAUGACGACUUUCGUAUUACGAACGAGCAAGAAGGCUGUUAUCCUUGGCACACGCUCUUCCAACCGAAGUCAGGCGCUUCCCAAGAUUGGCAGCAUGAGAGCGCUGAUAAAGAGCUUGACGAGCUCAUGCACAAUACGAUGGACCCUGUCGUAUUUUCAACAACAUCUGGACCCUGUCCGUCAUUGCCGAUGGUGCUCUCCUGUGUGAGCUUCUUUACCUUCAUCUGCACGUAG